CCAUAAGUGAUAAAGAGGUAACAGAAGAUGAAGAACAGAAUGAAGCCACAAGUGAUAAUGAGGUAAUAGAACAUGAUGAUCAAAUUGAUACCACAUGUGAUAAUGAAGAAGAUGAUGAAUAUAGUGAAACCACAGGUGAUAAUGAGGUAGUCAAAGAUGAUGAAAACAAUGAAGCCAUAAGUGAUAAAGAGGUAACAGAAGAUGAAGAACAGAAUGAAGCCACAAGUGAUAAUGAGGUCAUAGAACAUGAUGAUCAGAUUGAUACCACAUGUGAUAAUGAAGAAGAUGAUGAAUAUAGUGAAACCACAGGUGAUAAUGAGGUAGUCAAAGAUGAUGAAAACAAUGAAGCCAUAAGUGAUAAAGAGGUAACAGAAGAUGAAGAACAGAAUGAAGCCACAAGUGAUAAUGAGGUCAUAGAACAUGAUGAUCAGAUUGAUACCACAUGUGAUAAUGAAGAAGAUGAUGAACAGAAUGAAAACAGAAGUGAUAAUGAAGUAAGUGAAGAUGAUGAACAGAGUGAAAACACAAGUAAUAAUGAGGUAACAGAUGAUGAUGAACAGCAUUGUAAUGAUGGGGUAAUUCAUGGCAAUGAACACAAUCAAUCAACAAGUGAUAGUGAGGUAACAUAUGAUGAUAAACACAAUGAAACCACAAGUAAUAAUGUGGUAAUAUGUGACAAUAAACAAAAUGGAUCAACAAGUGAUAGUGAGGUAACAGAUGAUGAACAUAACGGAACCACACGUAAUAAAGUGGUAAGACGUGGCUGUGGACAGAAUGGAUCAACAAGUGAUAGUGAGGUAACAGAUGAUGAACAUAAUGGAACCACACGUAAUAAAGUGGUAAGACGUGGCUGUGGACAGAAUGGAUCAACAAGUGAUAGUGAGGUAACAGAUAAUGAACAUAAUAGAACCACAUGUAACAGAGUGGUAAGAAGUGGCUGUGGACAGAAUGGAUCAUCAAAUGAUAGUGAGGUAACAGAUGAUGAACAUCAUAGAACCACACGUAAUAAAGUGGUAAGACGUGGCUGUGGACAGAAUGGAUCAACAAGUGAUAGUGAGGUAACAGAUGAUGAACAUCAUAGAACCACACGUAACAGAGUGGUAAGAAGUGGCUGUGGACAGAAUGGAUCAUCAAAUGAUAGUGAGGUAACAGAUGAUGAACAUAAUAGAACCACAUGUAACAGAGUGGUAAGACAUGGCUGUGGACAGAAUGGAUCAACAAGUGAUAGUGAGGUAACAGAUGAUGAACAUAAUAGAACCACAUGUAACAGAGUGGUUAGAAGUGGCUGUGGACAGAAUGGAUCAACAAGUGAUAGUGAGGUAACAGAUGAUGAACAUAAUAGGAACCACACGUAA